AUGAAACCCGAACGUAAUGUGAUGAUAGCGGCCACCGGAAGUGUGGCCACCAUUAAGUUAGCCCAGUUAAUCCGGGAGCUCUCCGACGAGCGCCUACCAUUCAAGUUCAACCUGAAAGUACUUAUUACCGAAUCAGCCAAGCACUUCUUUGAACUGGAGCAAAUUCCCGAAAAUGUACCCAUUUACCACAAUCGCGACGAGUGGAUCACCUGGAAUAAGCGAGGAGAUCCUGUACUGCACAUAGACCUAGGCAAGUGGGCGGAUUUGCUGGUGAUUGCCCCCCUCAGCGCAAACUCUCUGUCCAAAAUGGCCACCGGGAUUUGCGAUAACAUCGUAAUGUGUGUGGUUCGUGCUUGGGACCUUCAGAAACCUCUGCUCUUUGCACCUGCGAUGAAUACCCGUAUGUACGACCAUCCAAUAACCCGGGAGCAGAUUGACAAGCUGACCAGUUGGGGCUACAAAGAGAUACCCUGCAUCUCCAAGACUCUUAUGUGCGGGGAUACUGGAAACGGUGCCAUGGCAGAGGUGCCCACAAUUGUGCAAGCGGUGUUAUCUGCAUUUCAGCCGAGUAAUUAGUUAAAAAUCAAAUGUUAUACACACAAAGUUUAUAUCGCAGAAUAUUUUGUUACAAUAGUUAGACAAAUAAUAUGGAAUUGGCUAUGAA